GGAUGUUAUGUAGGUCAGGAUGCAGUUAAUCGACCAAGCCCAACUCCUCCAUCUCAUACCAUUUCAACCAGACACCCAGUGGACGGUAAGUUGUAAAACGUAAAUAUGUUGAACCAAAUAAUUGAAAAACAUAUAUGCAUAUAUGUUUUACAUACAUAUAUGGUUGCAUAUGGUCUACCUGUUACUACAUGUAACUGUUUUCCUGAAUUUACGAGCGUUGAUUCUGGCCUUUUCUCAUCAUUUGAUCCUAGCUGAGGUUACUCGACUAUUCGGACCGUAUAUGCAGGGAGGGAGAAGGUCGACAGGUCGGCGACAUCUUGCUGUGCCCGCUCUGAGUUCUUACACUCAUACCUUCUGCUGUCUCGAUGAGAAAAAUGUAGAUGUAGUCCCCACUCGAAAUGGCAAAGAAAGACUUGCUGCUGCAGGAUUAGGAGAAAAACGUCUAACAUUCAAAGGCAGUCAGACAAAUCCACACGACUUCAGGGAAUUCCUUUUUGCCUUAUUUCCAAAAUUCAGAGAAGGGGGUGGAUUUGAAUUGCUAAAAAUAUCUGGAUCAACUCGCAGUCGGCAACUGAGCCUUAUCCCCUGUCCCAAUGAAGGCUACUAUGUCAAACAUCUGAAAGAUGCUCAGACCCAACUUGGUCAUGCUACAAUCUUUAUUCGACCACUUCAGAGGAACCUCUCUCUAGAGCCUAUAUGUCAACCUGAAUGCAGUAGUCAACUGAUUGGACCACCUCAGAAAUGUGUCACAUGUGGAGAAGAAUUCCCAUUUUCGCACAUUAAGGCUCAUAGUGGUGAAUGCAUAAGACUAUUGCAGAGCACUGUUGAUGGCCAAAUGGAGGCAGACACAGAAGGUGCCACAACCCCCCGAAGUGAAGAUAGAUAUGAGAGCACAUUGAGAAGACCACAGGAGAGUCUGACAGCAAGGAGUAGCAACACAGACAUCUCUGUGCCAAAUCAGGGGAAUAUGCCAGUUCCGGGAGCCUCUCAGGAACAUUUGCCUAAUUUUCCAAUCAUUGAUUUGGACCAACUUGAGAAAGAUUGGAAAAUUGAGAAUGAUCCCUCAGAGGCAGCAAAGAGAUAUAGAGAAGACCUUUUAAACAAACACGCUACUUUAAAACCACUAAACCUCACUGUGGAUCUUGGAGACAGUGAGGAGGAAAGAGAAAGGACAAUCAUUUCUUUUUAUAAGAUUGCCCAUGUUGAACGGGCUUCUCCUUUGAAAUGCAUAUUGAAGGUGCCAGGAGGAGCUCAUCUUUUUGAUGGUGAAACAGACCACUUGAUUCCUUCCACUUCCCAUUUCCUUUUGGAGAGUGACUUCUUUGUUGUUGCUGGUCGAAUGAUUGGUCACUCAUUCUUACAUGGUGGGCCAUGCUUAAGUGGAUUAAGCCCAGCAAUCCUGCAUGUGCUGUUUGAUGGAUCCCCAGAAGAAGCCACAAUAGAUAUUAAGGAUUGUGCUGAUCUGGAUAUUCGUGAGACAAUCAAACUGCUGGAAGGGACAACAGACCUAUCGCCUGAAGAAAAGCAUACCAUUAACGAGCUGGCAUUGUCCUGGGAUUUGCCUCCAGUAAUAUCUGGGAACAGAAGAUGGCUAUUUGAUAAACUACUCCUCCACGCUGUCCUUGGAAGAACUUCCAGACAAGUCAAGCACUUACGGCGGGGUUUAAAAGAGACGCAGAUCUGGCCUUUGCUAACCGAGAGAAAAGACAUAAUUCCACUUUUGUUUCCACGAGCAUCUCAGAUACAGUGUACAUCACAGAUGGUCUUGGACAAGAUAAAAUGGCCAACACAGGAUGAAGAUGAAGACAAGGAGGUCUCUUUGGAAGAUGCAUGUAGGAUCACAGGAUUUCUUCGAACGUUUAUUGAGAAUGCGUGGUUCGCAAACGAACGCAGGACUCAAGACGCAUUGAUUUUUGAGAAGAGCCCCGUCCCCUCUGACAGUAAAGAAACAUCAUCUCCAAGCCUCCUUGAAAAAUUUGUGCAGUUCUGGGUAGGGUGGAAUGUACUUCCCACACAUCUUGAUGUUGAAGUGGUAGAGAGCAGCUUCCCAAGAUCUUCCACCUGCUUCUACCUGCUUAAACUCCCAGGGCAUUAUAAAGAAUACAGUGUCUUUGAAAGAGACCUCCUUGCUGCUAUUUGGAGUGUUGAUACUGGAUUUGGAAUGGUCUAAGGACACUGAACGUUGUGGUGUUCUGUUAAACA